CAGAUCUCUAAUAAAAAGCGUUCGCUAUAAUAAACGGUCAUAUGGGAAUCAGGCGUACAAUUUGAUAGUCGAAAUCAUGGGACCCAUUUUACCAGUAUCUGUACUGAUCGUUUCAGUAGCGUUCCUUCACUUUUCGAAAGCAGAACUUCCAACCGCAUGUAACAACAAAGGAGACUGUCCUGUAAAUUCAAAUUGUAAUACUGACUGUGUGUGUGACGUUGGUUACAAGCUAAAUACAGGCAAAGACGGUUGCAUUCAGAAAGUUAUUGGUGAUACAUGCACAGCAGAUACAGACUGUAAAGUAGUUGAUAACUCUAAGUGUAAAACCGAAGAAACCCGUACCUGUAUCUGUGCAGACGCUUACAAGCACCAGGAAUCAGAUGACACUUGCAUAGCUAAAGUUAUUGGUGAUACAUGCACAGCAGAUACAGACUGUAAAGAAGUUGAUAAUUCUAAGUGUAAAACCGAUGCACCACGUACCUGUAUCUGUGCAGACACUUACAAGCACCAGCAAUCAGAUGACACUUUUAUUGGUGAUACAUGCACAGAAAAUACAGACUGUAAAGAAGUUGAUAAUUCUAAGUGUAAAACCGAUGCACCACGUACCUGUAUCUGUGCAGACACUUACAAGCACCAGCAAUCAGAUGACACUUGCAUAGCUAAAGUCAUUGGUAAUACAUGCGCAGCAGAUACAGACUGUGAGGCUGUUGAUAACUCCUUGUGUAAAACCGAUGCACCACGUACCUGUGUCUGUGCAGACGCUUACGAGCAUCAAGAAUCAGAUGACACUUGCAUAGCUAAAGCUGUGAACGAAAUUCAAUGUACCGCCGAUGGAGGUGGGUGUGAAAAAAUUGAAAAUGCUCUGUGCGAUGCAGAGUCUGAAAAAUGUCAAUGCAGUCCGAACUUCGUGAUGAAUGUUAACACAUGUGAAUCGAACAUUGCUGCAUCCAUAAGAAUUGGGGUUACGACAGUAGUGUUGUCUGUUUUCGCUGCAAUUUGGACGAUGUUCAGAUAAACAUGACAGGCGUCGUAUUGAAGAAAAUUUACGAUAAACAGUUUGUCUUGGUUUGUGUGUAUAAGAGACAUUAUUUAAUUAUGAACUGCUCCUCUAAUUCUAUCUUCUUAACUGCUUUGAAAAUUACUGACGAGUUUAUAUACCAGUAUUUCAACACUUCAAAGUCUUAUAUAUUCUACCCGUUACUUCGUGUCAUAUUUAAGUGUUUAUUUUAAGUUAUCAUUUAGGUUGACUGUGUAACAAGUUCUACAACUUAUAUUUAUCUCUCUCAACACGUAAUUCCUCGUGGUAUAUAUCGCCAUAGAGGUAUGAUGUUAAAAUGAUUAUAUUAGCGUAGAACGUUCCAUGUGCACCGCCGUAUGAAUACAUCUGCGGAUUUUUCUAGAUUACAUUCUGGUGCUUAGAACAUGUGUAAAUGUUGAGUUCUGCUCAACCCGGGGGUAGAGGGCGUGGACGGUAGCUUGCACUUUCACUACCGUCCAUGAACAGGCUCAAUCAAACCGAUCCUGCAACAUUUUCGUUUAUGUCGGGUUGGGCGGCAUGUGGCUUUCCACUUUUCUAUCUUAGUUCUACUUUUUUCAUGAUAGAUUUGAUUUUUAUAGUUCGAUCUAAGUCGUCAGUUAUCGGGGUACCAGGGCAGUAUAUUAGGUAGAUCUAGAAAAGAUCAAAGGCUCUUUCAGAGUGUUUUUUACACAGAUAUUCUUACCCAAAACAUGAAUUUUAUCGAUUACUUGAUUUGGAUCAAGAAAUAUGUAUUAUUUCUACAGCGGAUGUGAACUUAUAACAUGACGAGCACAUGAAACUGAUGUCACGGAGGGCGUAACAAUCCAGACAUGACCAUGUUAGCAUCAUACUGGAAACAUUUUGAUGUUUGAGAUUCAAUUGAAACUUAACAUAGUUUAGAAAUGAUCUGCCAAUACACAAAUUUUCAUAGUAACUACGAAGGAACAUACUGAUAAUGCGCAUAUCGUUCAACCUCAUAUUAAAAUUACUUCAAUGUCGAACAAUGCCAUCGAACAUGUUAACUCCCCUAACUCGUCUGAACAAUAAAGUGUCGCGGAAGUGUCAAGCGAAUUUUAUUACAAAUAAGGAAAACAUUUGACAACGACAAAUUAAAGCCGCUGUACUACGAUGUCUAAAACAAUUUCAAAUUGUCUGAACUAUUCUGUAAAAAUUCAUAGAUCUAUGUCUUCCUUACCUUGUACAGAUAAAAUUGUAUUUGCAUUUUAAGUUCCAUUUCAACUAAGUCUGUUUGAGACAUAUAAAGUAUCUAAAGAAUAUUUUUAUUCUAUUGCAUGUAAUUCUUCUUACUCCUGUUUGGUGUUUGUGUUUUAUAAAAAAAAUUGACAACUGUUUAGUUCUUGAAUGAGAAAAUGAAUUUCCCAUAUGAAUAUAUUUCGACAUAAUGGCCGCCAUUCUACGUCUGUUUUAUGUCAAAGGACAUUGAUUGAUGACUUAAUGCUGAAAUAGGUAACUAGCCGGUAAAGAGUACUAUCCAGAUAUUUGGUCAGAAUAUAUACAUUUCCAAAUAAUUGCAUCUGCAUAAAAAUAUCUUGUAAUUCAACAUUAGUUUUAUGUUUAAAUAAUUAAACUACUACAUGACGUGUUCAAACUAGAAUUUGAACAAGUGAAUGAUAUUUAGCAAGUUGAUGAACAAAACAUAUCCCGUUGUAAAGACAAUUCUGUAAAUGAACGAACAUGGUUUAUAAAUUACUCAUAAAUGUAUAUGUUUGUUCCUUUAAAAAAACAAAAUCACAUACAGACUAAAUGUUAUCUGUAUACUGGAUACUAUUCCCGAUGAAAACCAUGUGAUUAUGGAUAAAUGUUUUUACUCAUUUAAGGAAGAGGUUAGCGCAGUAUUGUUUGUAAAUACCGUUAAAACCCCCAACUACUAGCUGAGUAUUAAUGCAAGGCAAAAUACUAAAGUUUUUCAUCUUUUUCAAACCUUGUACAAAUAUAAUGCCAAAUUAAAAACGUUUUAAAAGCUGAAUGUCAUAAUGAAAAUAUAGAGAUUAUUAAUUGUUUAUAGAACAAACAUUUACCAAAUAAACAGUUGUGUUUGAAUA